AUGGAGUUGGGCAGCAUUCUUGAUUUUCUUGACAACAAGACCAUUUUAGUCACCGGCGCCACUGGUUUUCUUGCCAAAAUAUUUGUCGAGAAGAUACUUCGGGUUCAACCAAAUGUGAAGAAGUUAUAUCUUCUUGUAAGAGCUACCGAUGCCAAAUCCGCCUUGCAACGCUUCAAUACUGAGGCAGUGGCAAAGGAGUUGUUUAAGAUCCUGAAAGAGAAGCAUGGUACAAAUCUGCAAUCUUUCCUGUCGGAAAAAGUUACUCCGGUGGCCGGAGACAUCACCAAUGAAAAUCUGGGAGUAACAGACUCCAAUUUGGUUGAAGAGAUGUGGAGAAAUGUUGAUGUCGUUGUGAAUGUAGCUGCCACCACCAACUUUGAUGAAAGAUAUGACGUUGCUCUCGCUUUGAAUACCUUCGGAGCUAAAAAUGUUUUGAAUUUUGCGGCUAAAUGUGUCAAAAUAAAGUUGCUUCUCCAUGUAUCCACUGCUUAUGUAUCUGGCGAGAAGCCAGGGCUUAUACUUGAAACACCGUACAAAUUGGGCGAGGCACUUAACGGUGCAAAAGGGUUAGACAUCAACGUAGAAAAGAAGAUCAUCGAAGAAAAACUGAAAGAACUCAGCUCUGAUGAAACAGCUACCGCUAAAUCCAUCACAUUGUCCAUGAAAGAUUUGGGCAUUCAAAGGGCAAAUAAAUUUGGAUGGCCAAAUACGUAUGUUUUUACAAAGGCACUGGGAGAGAUGAUUAUCGGGCACUUAAAAGGAGAUAUACCGUUGGUUAUUCUUCGACCAACGAUCAUCACAAGCACAUAUAAAGAGCCCUUUCCUGGUUGGAUCGAAGGCAUAAGGACGAUAGAUAGCUUGGCUAUUGGUUAUGGCAAGGGCAGAUUAUCAUGUUUCCUCGGCGAUCCUGAGUCUGUAAUUGAUGCGAUACCAGCAGACAUGGUGGUAAAUGCUAUGAUUACGACAAUUGCAGCUCAUGCAAGUCAACCUUGUGAAAUAAUAUAUCAUGUUGGAUCUUCCGUGUCAAACCCUCUGAAGUACAAAGGAAUUCAAAAGAGUGGUUAUCAUUACUUUUCCAAGCAUCCGUGGAUUAACAAAGACGGCAAGGCAGUUAUUGUCAGCGAGGUUAAGGUGUUGAACUCCAUGGAGAGCUUUCGUAGAUACUUUUCACUUCGUUACUUGCUUCCUUUACAGGCUUUGCACUUUGUGAAUUCAGCAUUAUGCCAUGCCUUCAAUGGAACAUACAUGGAUCUUAAACGCAAGAUCAACUUUGUGCUACGGGUGGUGGAGCUGUACAAACCCUAUUUGUUCUCAAAAAGCUUCUACGAUGAUAUGAAUACUGAAAAAUUGCGUCAAGUAGUAAGAGAAAACGGAGUUGAGGCCAAUAUGUUCUAUUUUGAUCCAAAGUUGAUUGAUUGGGACUACUAUUUUGUCAAAAUACACAUUCCUGGUGCGGUGAAACACGUAUUUAAAUGAUUGUAGAGCUCACAAGGAUGAGUUAUUUCAUAUGUUUUGAAUAUUGUUUUUUUGUGCAAGUGUCAAAAGUUGUCUUUUUUACUUUAUUGUUAGUCGUUAAUUGAACGGCAAAGUGUAUAAGAUUUAACGACCAACAUGUUAUAUUAUGUAAUUUAUUUGAAGUGUAUUAACAUACGUUAAGAAUUAUGGUAAUCUGGUA